AUGGGUGCGGUAGAACUUCCCAUCCAGAAUUUUCUGGCAAGUCUUCUUCGCGAUGUGAAGGCGCGCAUUAUCGUGCAGCAGGCGAACGUUGUCGAGCUUCGGGUGCUCCUUGCGGAUCUUGUCGGCCCGUUUUUGCAGUUGGGCGCAGUAGACCUCGGCAGUAACUGUCGUGUUGUCCGGCAGCAGUUUGAAACGGUACAGACGCUCAGCCCUGACCUUCUUCUCAUGGAAUUCACCUUUCACGAAAGGAUCCGACAUUUCAUCGCCAGCGCACCACGCACGAUUGUGGGUGUGGUUGACAUAGAGAGCCCAUUUUUCAUCUCCAGUGACAAUGGUGUCCAACCAGUCGAGUCUGCGACUUCUGGAGAGCAGGUGUCCAGGCGUCUGUGGCGAUUGCUGUCGCUCAAUGCAUGUGGGAGCCACUGA